GAAAGGAUGUCUACAAUCAAGAUUAGCAAGAUACCGUCAAGUGAUUCUCCUACAGAUUUACGUGUUCCCAUCAUCAUCCCAGUCUGCACUGCACUUGUCUUACUAUCCGUUGCUGUUGGUAUACUGGUAUAUUGUCGACGAAAGCAUGACGCGCAAAGGCCUCUUUCAGUGAUAAACACCAGCAGAGCAGACAGACAAGCAACUGUCAAUGAUCGUUACCGAAUAGGUGUCCAUGGUAAGACAAUUCAAGAAGAAGUUCCCCUAAAAGGAGAAUCCAAGCCUCCAAAGAUAAUGCCGGAACUGCCGAACAUUCCGAAAGAAGCUGUGCAGCCAACGCCAAUAUCGGGUGAUGUAGAACAGGAAAGAAUCUACCAUGAGCCGGACUUUGUAGAAAGUUCUGUACCUUCGGUUGGCAUCGCCCUGGGCCACGAGUACCUUGACUCAGGUCAACGGGUACCUGCAAGAGGUACUCCCUCUGUUGAUGAGAUCCACGAGUAUACUUACCCCAAACUCGAGCGAAGUCAAUUCAAAGGCCCUGCGAGGGUAAACAGGGUUGCUGAGGAUGGAUACCUUUUGGCAGAACCCGACAUACAACCCGUGCCAAAUCCAACGCCAAAGGUCUACUACUCUUCUCGUUUUCCGAAAUGUGAUAACAAAGACGAACCUUCAAAAGCAUGUGCCAAUGAAAAUGACCCUGCACCGAUCGGUGGAGCAAAAUUGGAAGAUUCACUCGUCGUGGAGAACAUGCAAGUAUACUAUUCAAGGAACGUACAUCAUUCAGCAGGUUCAGGAAAUCAAACAUUGGAAUUAUACUCCAAAACCGAUAGUGACGAAGUUAUAGAAUGAUGGGGUCGCGAAGAACUAAUUGAUAAUACGUCAUGCUUAGAACAGAAUAAACGCUAUUAACCAGAGUGUACGUACCUGUGAGUGAGGACCUUAGUACAGAAGCAUUUACA